AAGAGAUUCUUGAUGAACUUAGUGAUAAUAAUUACGAAGAUAAUAUGGUAGCUGGCCUUAGCAAUUCUAAUCAAAUGCACAACAUUAAUAAUAUUGAUGAUUAUGAAAAUAGCAAUGAUAAACAAA